UGCACUCAGGCACAUCGAGGUUUGUGAUGCGGUUUGAAAUAGUUUAGCACAACGGCGCGACAGCACAUCGUGCAAAAGUGAUGAGAGAGGAGAUUCGAAGCGGCUACUAUUUGAGAGUGUGCGGAAUUGUUGAAAGUGGAUGGUAUAUCAGCAUAGAUGAUGAUGCUUUCGUAUCUUCGAAAACUGUCAUCAGUCAAAGUGAUGGUUGAGAGCCUGCACAAGCGACUGGCAGAUUUGACAACCCAGCUCGAGAAGAGCAGAGAGUUCGUCGCUACCCUUGAAAUGGAGGUAUCAGAUCGGGAGGCUAAUCUGGUGAAGAUGCGAGAGGAUGCCUUUGCCGACGGCGAGCAGCGCAGAGUGCUCGAGCAGGAAAAAUCCGCCAUUGAGUAUGAUCUGUCGCAACAGAAGGCUCUUGUAGCCUCACUCGAGACUCAAAUGAGUCUCAAGGGCACCGAACUCGAGCAGAUGCAGCUUAUGUUGUCAGAGAAGGAUCGUACGGUAGCGAUUACAUCAGAAAAUAUGCGGGAACAAGCAAUCUUGCUGCAAACUAACGCAAAGGGCACGGCUUCACUUCAGUCUGAGUACGAUCUUCUCACGCAGGUACAAUGUGGUCAGUCUAUCAGUCAAAUCUUCUUUUUACCACCAAUUAUACAAACGGCAUGUGCUAUAUACGUAUGCAUAGUUGAAUUAUAUUUGCACAUAGACAUAUCUGUGUGA